CGUGCUAUAGCUGUUUCUCGCAUUGUCCCUCAAACAGCGGUGCGCCUUCACAGCGGCCAGACCUCCUCCUCCCCAGCUCUGCUCCUCUCCAGCCCGGGUACUCCACCGACAUGGCACAGUGCUGGCCGGCACACGGAGUAGUUUGAGCGUGUUUCGCGGGGGACUACCAUGUCCCAAAAACAGCGGGAGGCGAACUCCUGCCCAGACGGGUACAGGGUCCUGAACACCAGCGAACUGCGCGAGCUCCUCCAGGAUGAGGAGAAAAUGGAUCAGAUCGUGAGACUCAACGAGAAGUUUCAGGAGCUGCAGGUGGACAGGGAGACGUUAUUAGUAACCAAUCGAAGUCUUGCCGAGGAGAGCCUUGCACACCGCCCCCGCCUCCAGAACGGCAAGCUGCAGUUGGCUACUAAGUACCAGGAGCUUGCGAAGCUGACCACCGCCUGCAGGGAAAAGCAAAGCCGGCUUGAGGGCCACAUGAAGAAGCACAGUCCACAGACGGCACAGAAUCUACUUCAGGAGGAGGUAGCACGUGCUGAGGAGCAGUCUGAGGAGCUUCUGGAGAGAUUCAUGGAGGGCCAGGUCCCACUGGAGGGCUUCCUGGACUCCUUCCAGAGCUUCAGGAAGACGUACCAUAUCCGCCGUGCGCAGGCCGAGAAGAUCCAAGAGCUCAACCGGCCUGAGCGGAAGCAGAGGAAGCGCUUGGAAGAGGAGGAGGUGCGGAAGAAGGAGGAGGUGCCAAAGGAACCCCGUCCCAAUGGAAUCACUGCCCACGGCCCGCCUCGUGUCUUCCAGCUCCGAUACGGCCUCACGCCGGCCAUCCUAGUGCCGCUGAACUCGUCUUCAGCCGUCACCUCUUCCGCUAGCUUGUCUCCUCUGGACUCGUGCUCAGGCCCCCCCCAGGCUUCGGGGCCUAGCGCUCCUCACUCCUGCCCCGGGCAGCCUGUAGGCCUGAGGGUGAUAGGACAGUUGCCGGGCUGGCCGACCAGACCGGUCCGGUUACAGCAGCUGUACAGGCCCAGCCCGCACCAGCACGAACCUCCGUACCGAUAACGUCUAAACACUGUGGAUUUGACAUGAGGAAAACAAACCCAAGGUCAUGAGUGAAGGCCUUUUUAAGCUUUGGGUCGAUGUAAAAAUAUCUGUGAUCACCACAAAAGCCAAUUUCAUAUGUUGAAAAGGGAAAAGAUUGGAAAGCCAUAAAAUGUUUCGUCUUUGUCGUGAACAAGCCUGUCGAAUACACAGCUCCAGAGGGGUAUUACACAAAGCAAAGAAGGAUUUUUGUAUUAGCCAGUGGCCACUUUAUUGGAAACUCUUACCUUCCAGCUCCAUUUUACUAUGGUCCAAUUCUCCAGCCCAUUUGCUGAUGCACAUCUUUUCAUCAGAGGUGCUCUUGGCUGCAUAUUUUUUGGUGGUGGACCAACACUGUUGGCUGAUACACUGAUGUAUACCAGCACCACACAUGCUACCAUGUGUCAUGUCACUGCUGUUUAAAAUGUUCCAUCUGUUCCAGCAGACAAUCUAAGGUCAACAACAGUUCUGUGGUCAGAAACUGAUGAAUGGGAUAUGUUAUUCUGUUAUUUAAAAAAAGUCCUUUAAAAAGGUAUAAAAGGUAUAAAAACAUGACUAGACCUGUCACAAUUAUAUUUUGCUGUCUCAAAAAUAAUUGUGAUACAUUUUAUUGUGAUCUAUUUUUUUAAGACCAUUAUAGAUAAUACCUCUAAUGAAGCUAAUGGUAAUAAAAAGCAUUAUAAUACAUUUAUACAUUACAUUUUAGGAGCAGUUAACUUUUUAAGAUCAAGAAUAUUCAGGCAUUAGAAUUGAAAAUGUUUAAAUAUUCAGCAUAAAUAAUACAAAACCACAGUUUAAAAACAGGCUCAAAAUAUCUGCGCAGUCACACACAAUGGCCAAUAUUGAGGUCAGCAAAAAGUAUUUAGUUUAUAUUCAUUUAUAUUUAAGCAAUAAUUCACGAGAGGGAGUGCUAUAACCUGUAAUAUUGGCACUGCUGUGCUGCGGUCAUAGGCACGAGGCCACAUGCACAAACCUUAAUUGUAUUAUUGUGAUUAUACCACAGUUCCAUAUCACUGUUUAUUAAAAGAUUUUGAGUUAAAGAGGACUAGAAAAUAAGAUCUGUUUGGUUAUUAAAAAAAACUCAGUUUGUAGCUGCAGUGUUUGGCUUGUAAGCGCUGCAUGGUUGCUAGGUUACCUGUAUGUGGCGGAGUAAUACAUGGAGAGCUUCGGUUACAGUGCAUUAACGGCUGAUAACAGCACUCAUAGAACGCCUCUCAGCCAAUCACAUUGCAGGGUCGAAACUAACGGUGGUAUAAUGUACAAUAGGUUGCAUAAAAAUAAAAUAAUUGUGACAGGCCUAACCAUGACAAUUCCAAAAAAACAUUUAAAUGCUUAAAUACUAACUUUUUAAUGUGUGGUCCAUGGAUUGGUGAUAAACAUUAAAUAGAUGGUUCUCUGAUUUACCAAACAGUGCCUGUGUCCCAAUUGUGAACUACACACUAAUACUAGUGUAAGGUAUAGACUAUAUACUAAUCUUAACAGUGCAGGUUUGGCAAGUUAGUACACAAACUAUUAUUGUAUUAAUUUUGUAUUGUGGGAAACAGACUACUUCUGAGUAUGUUGUUUUGUUGAUAUUUUAGUAUACUCAGCUCUCACAUUUGUAUCUAUACUAUAUGUUACAUAUUUACAAACUAAGAAGUACUAGUAAUUAGCAUGCAUUUGGGACACAUCCAUUGUUUCACUACCGUUCUAAGUCAAAGAACCACUAUCCAGUGAUCCUUUUUGUAUAAUUGGAGCGUAGAGGACAGCUGAUAAAUCUUGCAUGACAGCAGAUGGGCUGACAGCUGUAACUGUACACCUCUAUAGAAGACAUAAGGUAAACGGGCGUGGUAAAGGUAAGGGUUUCUGAUGAAGCAGGUGAGGAGCGUAAACUUGACCAAAAGUCAAGCUUGUCCAUUAGGAGGACAGGUCAGAAGGACUAUGCCUAUUCUUACUUUGGGCUCAUUUUGGGUUAUCCAGCCACAGUAAGAGAACAUGCUUUAUGAAAUACCCAGAAGGAUGUAUAAUGUUGUUGUUGCUUGUUUUUUUUUGGUUUUAUUUUUUUUUUUUAUGUGUGUGUCCCUUUGUGGGCGUUUUGCAGAUUCCGUGCUGCUGCUUUUGUGAGGGAAGAGAAGAAUUGUUGAGACACUGCUUUCUGACUGGAAGGACUUGUUAUAUUUGCCAUUGAUAAUCUGAAAUGCCAGGCUCGUGAUAUGCCUUCUUGUAAUGGUGACGAUGAUCAAUAAAGUCCAAUUAUGAUGUUUAUUAUAAAUAAAUAUUGGAGCCAUUAUGAAACUCUCUUAAA